UAUAUAGUGAAAUAUUAUUGCCCAACGACAAUGACAAAUGGUCGUUAAUAACAGAUCUCGUUAUGAUGAAAAUGAUACUCAUUACAGAACUAUACUUACGUCGAAACUGAGAGAAUACUCUCAUAUUCAAUGUUUUUUAACAUGUCUGGCAUUUCGUUUCGCUCGUUAGAGUUACAUAAGUAUUUUUAUUUUCGAAAAUACACUGGAACAAAAAACGUGAUUAUCUGAAGAGUCAUCAUUCAGCUAUCGUCUAGAAAACUUGUGGAUCUUGAUAAAAAUUGAAACAUUAGUAUAAAUCAACGAUAAUUGUGACAUUAAAAUGGCUACGAGCGUGCAAGUUCGACGAAUUUUUAUGAGACAAAUGUCUUUGAAUUCUCCUACACUACCAAAAACUUCUCAACGAGUACAAGAAUUCAGAGACCAGUUAAAAAGGGAUUCUCAGCCUGGAAUGCUAGUCGAUACUUUUGGAAGAUUUCAUACUUACUUAAGAAUAUCUGUCACGGAACGAUGCAAUUUGAGAUGUCUUUACUGUAUGCCAGAAGAAGGUGUGAAAUUAACGCACAGGGAUGGAAUUUUGAAGACUGAUGAAAUCAUUCAGAUAGCAGAUAUUUUUGUCAAGAAAGGAGUAAAAAAAAUUCGGCUGACUGGUGGCGAGCCUACCGUGAGGAAAGAUAUUGUGGAUAUAGUCGGGAGAUUGAGAGAGUUGGAUGGUCUAGAACAAAUUGGCAUCACUACGAAUGGACUAACGUUGACCAGACAAUUACCAGCUCUUCAAAGAGCAGGUCUCGACGCCCUCAACAUUUCUCUGGACUCUUUGCACGAGGAACGUUUUGAGAAAUUCACUCGUCGUAAGGGCUGGAAAAGGGUGAUUGCUGGAAUCGAUUUAGCAAUUCAAUUGGGCUAUAAUCCUGUCAAAAUAAACUGUGUCGUUAUGCGAGGGUUCAAUGACGACGAGCUCGUUGAUUUUGUCAAAUUGACCCGCGACAAACCGAUCGACGUUAGAUUUAUUGAAUAUAUGCCAUUUUCUGGUAACAAAUGGAAUGAAACAAAAAUGGUUUCUUUUGAAGAAAUGAAAAUUAUCAUUAGGCAGGAAUUUCCCGACUUUGAAGCUCUCCAAGGCACACCCAACGAUACUGCAAAGCCGUACAGUGUGCCUGGAUUCCUGGGACGAGUCGGUUUCAUAACGUCGAUGAGCCAGCAUUUCUGCAAUUCCUGCAAUCGCUUGAGAAUAACGGCCGACGGAAAUUUGAAAGUUUGUCUCUUCGAAGGCAAAGGCGAAGUUUCAUUGCGGGAUGCUCUACGAAAUGGUGCAUCAACCGAUGCACUGGAAGAAAUGAUUGGUCGUGCAGUUCAACGCAAGAAAAAACAACACGCUGGUAACUACGUGAAAUAUUUGUCCGACGAUUUGAAACUUCCAAAAAAAGUAGGACAAAUUUGGGAAAAUACCGAAGGAUUGUUCGUUGCAUCAGCGAGCGUAUUUCGAGCGUUGUCGAGUAACAAAAUGUUGAGACAAUUCAGCUCGUCUACGUUAUCGCAUGUUGAUGACAGUGGUAAGGCCAGGAUGGUCAAUGUGGGUGAAAAAAAUGUAACAUCCCGUGUCGCCAAAGCACGUGGAUUUGUCUCCGUAGGACCUGAAGUGAGUCGUCUCGUUGCUGAGAACAAUAUGAAAAAAGGUGAUGUUCUGGUCGUUGCUCAACUCGCUGGGAUACUGGCAGCCAAAAAAACAGCUGAUUUGAUACCUCUUUGUCACACUUUAGCGUUGACCUACGUUAAUGUUACGGUUAAACUUAACCCUGACCUUGAUAGGAUCGAAAUCCAAUCGGAAGUCCGGUGUAGCGGUAAAACUGGGGUUGAAAUGGAAGCCUUGACGGCUGUUAGUGUUUCUGCACUCACAGUUUAUGACAUGUGCAAGGCUGCCGCUUCUCCCUCCAUUUUACAAAUUAGUGCAAUAGAAUUAAUUUCAAAAACCGGUGGAAAAAGCGGUGAUUACUUUAAAGAUGAAACAAAGGUUUAACGCAGUUUUUACUUUGCAGUGCAAAGAUAAAAAUGGAUAAUUUUCUCACUCUGCAUAAUAUUAACGUAACAUUCCAUUUCUUUAUGUAAAUAUUCAUUAGACAUACGAAGAAUAUUUUCGAAACUUUCUUUUAAUGUCGCAUUCUUCCACAAUACGCUGACAUAUUUACAAAAUGUUAUAUUUUUCUACGAUAUUUACAGGGAUAUAUUGUUGUUAUUUCUGGUGAUUAUAAAAAUGGGUAAAAAAACA